AUGAAGACAGGGGCUCCAUGGGCUCGGGAGUAUAUAACUGUUGCCUACCCUAACCCUAAGGUGAACCUCUCCAGCCGCCAUGGGAGAAGUCAGCCACCACCACCUCCCUUCUGUUCGCUGUUCCAAUCAACGGAGAUUACUACCACCUCGCCAUUGAGUACCGCCGGCUGCUACGCUGCUAUGGAAGGUCGCUAUUGCGAUGCUGCUGCCGGAGAACCGCCGAGGGUCGAUGAAGACGGUGAGCCGUCAUUCGCCAAGGUGGCCUUUGCUGAGCUUUAUUGCCAUUGUUUUCCGCCACCACUGGUACCACCCUUCGCUGCUUGUUCUUCUUCGCUCGUAGCUCUGUGA